AUGGAUCAAGAGAAAGAGGAGAAUAAGAAUCACCUCAGUUACACAAGGCACCAUCUGCUUCAUCCCCACAAAGGUCCUGUUCCUUCUCAAAGGGACCCUUGGGAGCUUGAAAAGAAAGAAGAUACCAGGAACCGUGGGGAAAUCAGAAUCAACACUAGGAAUGACUGCACACUUGUCUGUUGCCACACUGUAGUGACUGUAUUAAUUUUAGAGACAUUUCCUUACAAGAAACAUGGGGAUGGGAGUUGGGAGAUGAUCCCUAGGGCUCGGAGUGAGUGGGUGGAGCCUGCCUGGCUGAGAAGGUUCCAGAAGGAAACUAGCAUUUGUUGUAAAGUUGCUUAAUAAGGCCACUGUGUUAUCUCUUGCUUUAAGAUAUUGACCCUUAACUGGUGUUAAGGGUGUCAGAAAUGGGGGCAGCUGAGUAUUGUGGGCAAGAAGGGCCUCACCCAAAAAACUGCAGCCUGGUCUCAGUCUAGCAGCAGAAACACCAGCUUCUACAGCACUAAGGUAACUAUGGAGCUUUUACAACAACCCCCAUCCAACCUGCAAAUGCAUGGGAAUGUUGCAGAAAACGGGAGCAAAUUCAGGAAAAGAUUUGAACUCUGAGAGCCACAGGGACUGAAGGGAGACCUGAUAAAAUAAAAAUACCUUUGCAUUUGGUGGGAGAGUAAGCAUUGAAGGUUUACUAUAACUUCUGGUUUGCAGAAGGAGAAGACAUGAAGUUCAGUGCAGUAAUGUCAAAAAUUGAGGAGUUUUGUUUAUCCCCCCCCCCCCAAGAGAGAAUCUGAUAGAUUUACAGGCAUUCAGAGAAUGGGCGAAAGUAAAGCAUAAUACGUCGCAGAGCUAAAAACCCUUGGGCCUUUGGGAGUCUCUGAUCAGAAACAGGAUUAUUUGUGGCUUUAGGGAGAACACAAUACGAGAAAGGCUGCCGUGUGGAGAACAUCUUGCACUUGAAAGCACUCUCGAGACGUGUGGAACCACAGAGAUGGUGAGGGCCCAAGCAGAAGAACUGAGGUCAGCUGUCCAUGCCCUAAGCAAGCAGCCACAGGGACAGGAGAAGCUAAAUGAAAGAGUGCAGCAGCUUCUUAACAAAGCUCCUGAGGUGAGAAAUAGGCUUACUGUGGUCAGAAACAGUGUGCUGCGUCUGGGAAGGGCUGCUGCAAGCAAAACCACUUUGCAAAACAUUGCUGGUCACAAGUCCUGAAACCCUGUUGUGCAGAUGCCGCUGAAGAUACAUGUUUAUCAGGGUGGGAAUAUUGCGUGUUUUAAUGCUCCUAUAUAUUGCCUCAGCUGGUUCCUAGCUCAGGUGCAAUUCUGGUAUCUCCACUGCAGGAUGUGCCAUGCAUAUAAUAUGACAGGGUAAGAGCACAAGAGCAUAAAAAGAGCCCCACCAAAUUAAAGGUUUCUCUGGCCCAGCAUUCUGUUCUUACAGGGAUCACCCAGAUGCUCAAGGAAAGCUCACAAACAGGACAUGAUCACAAGCAGUGAAAGAGAAUAUGAAAGGAGACGAGGUUAUUAAUUGCAGCUGCAGAGCCUCUGUUAAGUGCAGGAGCUCUCCAUUUCUUCUUUUGGGGCGGGGAGUCUUCAGAUUGCAAGUCUAAGCCCAUUCAGUUUAGAAGAGGGCAGCCUAUUUAACCAAGUAGUUUGUGAGAGAGGGUGGGGAAGGGAGCCUUGAAAACAUGUUGAGGCUGUUCCAGUUCUGUUCCCGUUUGCAUUCUUAAUUUGCUAACCUCAGGAAUCCUGAAGGAGUAAAUACAAAGAACUCAGAUUUUGGGGGUGGUAAGAGAGGGGAUCAGAACAGGGCAAAACUAAUUACUGCCACACCCUAACUUUUCAACACAAAUGUUUACUGCUAAGCAUGACAUUUGUAUUUCAGCUCAUCUAAACUAGGAAUCAUUUCCAUCAGCGGAGCCGGGGGGGGGGGGGGAGCGUUCCUUGAUCUGUGUGCUUGUGAGAGAAGGAGCAGCAGAUGUUGAAGCAAAGCGCAAACACCCCUGCCAAGGCUUGCUAAGGAUGGGAGUUUAUCUAAUGUGUAAACAACCACCUGCUGCAAAUGAAAAAUUGCUCCCCCAGCCACCUGAUUAAGACAAACAUAACGACGGAGUGAAGCUGAGAGGCAGCUUGAUUGGUAAUUUCAUCAAGACUUCUGAACUGAACAUUUAUCUAGAAGCAGAACAGUGGGACACGCGCUUGGGAGUGGGAAAACCUUUCUCUCUCCCCCCCUUCCCCCGCUUUCCAACCUGCUUUUUCGCUCAAGGAAUAGAUUGGUGAAAUGACAUUUAAGAGACAAAACUUGGAAAGGAUUUGAAUAGUGAAAAUAAACAUAAUGUUAUGAGUUGGGGGGCGUGGAGUGCCAGACCCCUCUAAUCCCUGGAUCCAGGGGGUGUUAAAAUCUAAUCAAACCUUCUAAUUCCUGGAUCCAGCACAGGUUCGGUCACUGGAAUAGCCUGGCCAGCCUAGUAAUGGCUCACUAAAGAUGAGAUAUUAAGGGAACAAAGGGAGUGGCUCUGUGCCAGAGGGGGAAUGAGUGGGCUGCCCUCCCUCAAUUGUCUCUUACUUAGGCAGGUAGCUGUGUUGUUCUGACACAGUCGAAAUAAAUAAAACAUUUGUCCAGUAGCACCUUAGAGACCAACUAAGUUUGUUCUGGGUAUAAGCUUUCGUGUGCAUGCACACUUCUUCAGAAGUGGUCUCUAAGGUGCUACUGGACAAUUUGUUUUAUUGUCUCUUACUUUGAAAGACAAAAGGUCAGAGUGGGAAGCUGAGUUGUGUGAGCUAGAAGCUGCAUGCAAAAGCUGCAGGCCGGAAAGGCAGAGACAACCAUACCUGAUUUCCGCUGGAAUCCAAGGCUGUGGCUAUGGGAGAAGCAAUACCUCUUUGUGGGGUGUUAAUGAAUCCAAGUAAAUGUGUGUGUGCGCACACAAAUAUUUUUAAAAAAUCAAAAAACAGGUUAUUAGAAGAGUCAAGAGGCCAAGACAAUGAUGAAACAAAACAUGUUUCUGAUGGUGAGAUUCAGUAAGGGGUCAAAAACAUCUAUCUGGAGACUAUCACAGCAGGGCCCAGGGGUUCACUCCCUGAACUCAUGGCAGCUUGCAGGGAACUUUACAUGAAAGUUACCUCCAUAGCAUUGUUGUUGUUCAGUCGUGUCUGACUCUUUGUGACCCCAUGGACCAGAGCACACCAGGCACUCCUGUCUUCCACUGCCUCCCACAGUUUGGUCAGACUCAGGCUGGUAGCUUCGAGAACACUGUCCAACCAUCUCGUCCUUUGUCGUCCCCUUCUCCUUGUGCCCUCCAUCUUUCCCAACACCAGGGUCUUUUCCAGGGUGUCUUCUCUUCUCAUGAGGUGGCCAAAGUAUUGGAGCCUCAGCUUCAGGAUCUGUCCUUCCAGUGAGCACUCAGGGCUGAUUUCCUUAAGAAUGGAUCGGUUUGAUCUUCUUGCAGUCCAUGGGACUCUCAAGAGUCUCCUCCAGCACCAUAAGUCAAAAGCAUCGAUUCUUCGGCGAUCAGCCUUCUUUAUGGUCCAACUCUCACUUCCAUACAUCGUUACUGGGAAAACCAUAGCUUUAACUAUAUGGACCUUUGUCAGCAAGGUGAUGUCUCUAGGUUUGUCAUUGCCCUCCAUAGCAUUAUGGAUAGGCAAUUUUCAGCACGAUCUGCCACACAUCUGGAGCACAUCAGAAUGCCCAUUCAUAUCCAGACGUAGAUGGGAACGCCCAUUGUAGUGUGCAGCCUAUUUAUAAUGACAGAUUAUUUCAAUGUCUGUAUGCACAACCGACUUUAAAAUUAACACUUGUAGUUCCCAAUACACGUGUAGAUUUCUGCUUUCCUGCAUAGUUCAUGUUCUCUGGGGCAGGGUUUGGGUAUGUAAAUUGCUUUGCAGUGCCAAUCCUGUUUAGGAUUGUAACCCGUUUUUAUAGAUCACGAGCUGAACAGCAGGUUGAACUAAGACGUUCAAAGCUCAAAUCCAUUACUCUAACCACUGGACCUCAAAGAGCCUUGAGCAGGUUUAUUUGAAGGGGUAAUGAUGGUUUCUGCCUCAAGCCCUUAGAGAGCUUGGCUCUCAUACACCACAAAUCCUGUAGAACAUUUGUCAGUGCACUGCAAGUACAAGAAGUGAGAGCAAGGCCAGGGAACAGUAGGCAAAUAAAGAUCAAUACCAGAAUAACCAAGAUCAAUACAGCAAAACUCACUUUUUAAUAAUUUGCUCAAAAGUAUGUGUUCUGUAUGAUUUGGCAGGCAAGAAAACAUGGGCUUUUGAGAACAGUUCUGCAACACCACCUCUGCCUGUGCUGUAUAUUUUGUUCAAACAAUUGUCUGGAUGUGGUAGUUCUCUGUUACAUCUGCUGGACAAGGGAUUUUGUCUUGUAAGCAUAAAACCCCUAUUUCAAUGUGGGCAUUUUGCUUAUUUGUUUGUUAUUUGUUUAUUUAACAAAAUAUACUGCUUGAUUGUGACAAAACCUCCAUGCAGCUUAUAAGUAAUGUGAAAAUUAUCAAUAAAAGCAGUUUAAAAAAGGAAUAUUUUUCAUUUAAAAACCCACAAAACGUUUUAAUUAAAAUUAGAAAGAGAUGUAAGACGUGUGCCUGGAUAGGCUUGCCUAAACAAAAAUGUUUUAAGCAGAUGCCAAAAAUAAUACAGCAAAGGAAACUGUCAGUAGGCCAGGGGUUCCAAAGUCUAGGUGCUGCUACACUAAACUAAUGAUGUCUUACAUGGAGCGAGCACUGUGUGGCACCUGUAACACUGCCAGUCUUGCAGAUCAAAGAGGUCAAGUGGACACAUAUUGAGUAAAUGGAACCCACAAGUAAACUGACCCCAAGCUGUUAAGGGCUUUGUAUACCAACACUUUGAACUUGGCCUGGUAACAGUUUGCCAAAUCAUGCAGAGCUCUGAACAGAGGUGUUGUAUGCUGGCAGGGUCUUGCUCUUUUGCAGUAAUCCAGUCUUGAAGUAGCUGGUGCCUGAACUAUUGUGGUCAAGGUCCUUUGCUCCAGGAAAGGUCGUACCUGUCAAAGCUGGUAAAUGUUUAAGUACGGCGCACUUGUAUUUGGUUGGGCCAUAGUGAUGGGAAGGUGGAAAACGAAGUUGAGAAGUGAAAUAAAGCAACUGGAGAGCAUAGCUUCCCGAGUUAGUGUUAGGAUGUACGUAAAGUAGCAGUAUACUCAGGGGGGAUAAGGGAUGGGAGACUGAUCCAGAAAACCCCAUAAGCCUCUGGGAUAUAGAUACCAAUGGAAAUCAAAUUUCUGCUGAACACAAAGCUUAGUGCAUAAAAAUUAAUCAAGUACUACAAUGACUCGCUUUAUUCAUAAUACUUAAUGGUCAUGUAAUAGGCAUUUUUAUUCAGCAGUUAAAGUUCAUAAGUGCAGGUUUUACAUGUAGAAAGGUAUUAUGCUGAUGGUUUAAUUACACACCUUUUUGCACACCAAAAGGAAAUGGAUUCUGCAGCUUUCAUAAUUAAAGAAGGACUUUGGAGGGGAAAUGAACUUUACAGUAAGCAGCCUAUCACCUGAUUUUUAUCAUGUGUUUUUGUUUUGCGUCAAGCAAUUCAAAACCUCAUUCUACAAAUGUUAAAGCCAUAAACGGGAGCCAGGAAGCGCCAGGGGGGUGGUUUGAUUGUGAUAGCCAUUCCAACUGUAUUCUUAAGACUUUACAAAGCAACCAUAAACGUGUCUCAUGCAUGAUCAAAUGGGUCUCAUGCAUGAUCCGAUGGAUUCCCAAAGAAUUAUGUACAUUAAGAUUGGGCCUGCCUUUACUCUGAAAGUGGGUGGGCAAAAAUGAGCUGGGGGGAAAUUAACUGGACAUUUCAUGCAUAAGAUCAUUCCAAUUAAAAUAUUAAGCAGCCUGUAUUAUGGCAGGGCUACUCAGAGGUCUGGAAAAUGUCCCACACUUCCACAGAAGGCUGAGAGGAAGCCUGUCUAAUACCCCAGUCAGGGAACUGGAGAAUAAUGGCAUUGUCUCUCUAAAAACAAGAACAGAAGAGUAACAGGAAACUCCUGAGUCCACUCAGAUACAACAAAGUCUAGUGCCACCUAGUGACUAGACUUUAGAAUCACACUAUCCACACAUCUGCCCCAUUUUAUUUAAAGAAGCAACAAAUAAUCAGCCCUAUUGAAACAUAUAUAUUUCAAGACAGAAUUAAUCUCAGAAGCUUCCAAAUAACUUGACCUGAAUGAGGGCUCAUCUGGUUGGCAUCUGUCUGCCUUGGGAGACAGUGGGAGAGUGCACCUCCUGGGGUGAAGACAAACUGUUGGAGAGUUACAGUGACUGCUGUGGCGAAAUGUUUUGUUGCACCUGGGGCAGAUGAAGGUGUCCAGUUGUGCACCACAGUGUUUCAUCUAUUAUGUGCCCAUCAGAGUAAUAACAUUUUUGUCUGCCUUGCAAGAUGGCUCAGGCAAGUUGGCUCAGUGUCUAGAAUACAGAAGUUUACUGAUACCAUUGGGACAUCACUGCUUCUUAUUGAAGCUAUCUAAUACUGAGUCAUAAGGACGUGGGUGGCGCUGUGGUCUAAGCCACUUGCUGAUCGGAAGGGCGGCGGUUCGAAUCCCCGCGACGGGGUGAGCUCCCGUUACUCAGUCCCUGCUCCUGCUAACCUAGUAGUUUGAAAGCACGUCAAGUGCAAGUAGAUAAAUAGGUACCACUCUGACGGGAAGAUAAACGGCAUUUCCGUGCGCUGCUCUGGUUACCCCAGAAGCGGCUUAGUCAUGUUGGCCACAUGACCCGGAAAAACUGUCUGUGGACAAACGUCUGCUCCCUUGGCCAGUAAAGCGAGAUGAGUGCCGCAACCCCAGAGUCGUUCGCGACUGGACUUAACUGUCAGGGGUCCUUUACCUUUUUUUAAAAAAAAUACCGAGUCAGGCCUUUGAUUUAUUUAGCACAGUAUAGCCUCCUAGUAUGAAUAUACCCAGACGCUUAGAUCUUCUUCUGAGGCACUCCUUCAGGUCUCCCUCUGAGAAUGGUGACAAGGGAGAGAGCUUCCUGUCUCUGGAAUGCUCUCCCCAGUGAGGUACACCUAACACCUUCAUUUACAUUUUUUUGGUGCUAUUUAAAUACUUAUAUUUGCUCCAAGGCUUUUGAGACUAAGGUAAUAUUUUGUUUCUAGUGUGCUGCCCAAGCUUCCUGUGACUGUUACGGUGGUUGUUUUUUUCUGUUUUUAUAUGAUAUUUUUAUAUUUAUGUUUUAAAUGAUUAUGAUAAUUAUUGAUUGAGUUUCUAUAACACCGGCCCGGUUUAAAAGGCCAUAGGUUGUUUAAUCAUCCCAAGGCCUGAGAGAAGAGGAAUGUUUUUGCCUGACCCCUAAAUAUAUGUAACGAAGGCGCCAGGCAAGCUUCCCUGGGGAGAGCAGUCCACAAGUGGGGAGCCACCACAGAAAAGGCCCGUUUUUGUGUUGCUGCCCUCUGGGCCUCUUGUGGAGGAGGCACAUGAAGAAGAAAUGUGUUGUAAGUCACUUAGAGACCUCCAGGUAGCAAGAAACUAACAAGUCUAUAGAAUAAUAAUAAUUGCCCCACAGAGACCUCUUGGCAGGGUUAUUAGGAGGAAUAUGAGCUAAGAGUAUGGAAUCUGAUCCUGGAGAAUGACCCAGUGGCUUAGGAGCUGCAGAUUGGAAUUCUGCAUGCUUAGAAUCCAAGAACUGGAUCCAUAAGCAGAAGCCAGGAUAGUAGUAGAUUUAUUUAUUUGUUUAUUUAUUUGCCAGGCCUUUUUCCGUCUGGAACUUGUAGGAACUCAGUUUCAACACCUCUCAAUUGGCCGCUAUUGCCACUCUAAGAGAACAAGAGAGGUGUUCGUGGUUAGUGCUGCAUAUAACUGGAGAGCUUCUAUCACUUUUCAUGUGAGAAAAGUUUUUGAGAACCGUUGAGCCUGAGGAUUCCCCAACCCUGGUAAACUUCGUUAGAAGUAUUUUCCAAUUUUUAUUAGUGGUUUUAUUGCAGUGCUUUAUCUGCUCCUGUUAGUCGGAAAAAUAGCUUUAAAUAUUGAAGUGGUAAUUAAUGAAUCUUUUAUGUUGCAAAUCAAACAUUUUCAUCUAAGCAGUAGCAGAGAAAGAAAAGAGGAUUUAAAAUAUAAUUGUUUCUGUAGCUUCCCUUCCUGGGUUGAAUGCUUUUUACCCUUUGUUAUUUCAUUGCCAUUUUUUUUUGGGGGGGGGCUUUAUUUUAUCUGUGGUGCACUACCUCUUAUCACUAGGUAUUUGUUGCCUUCCCUCUCCCUGCCCCCCCCCCCCCGGCCUGCCCCGGUUCAAUAUUUCUUACUCUGCCUUCGCCAGAGACAUUCCUAAGUAGAUGGAAAGUCUCUGAAUGUGGAAUUUUCGCAUGAGUGCAAAAUAAUAAAAAGCAUGUGUGUAUUAAAAAGAGAUCAGCUUAAUGGGAAAUGAGCAUUGGGUUCCAUUAAUAUUCUAUUACAGUGAAAAUCAUAUUUAAUAAAUUUUCUCCAGAUUUUUUUUUUAACUGUAUUUUUCUCUGUUGCCCGCCAAUCUAAAGAAAACAUUGUACAUGAUACAUUUGAUUUAUGUUGAGUAAAUAACCUGCGCCGCUCCGCUUAGGGGAGAAAGUUUUUUUAAAAAAAAUUAGCAUAGAAGUCUUCAAAUGCAUUCCAGACGAUAAUAUGAGGUUAAUUUCCACAUGCGAAAGUGAUGUGUUUUGUGAAGCAAAAGGGCCUUUUUAUAAACAGUAUUUUUGUUGGAGUGUUGUUGGCUUUUUAAAAAAAAUAGUAUUUAUGGGAUCCAGCGUUAUAUGAAAAGAGCUGUAAUUUAUCCAACGGAAGCGUGAAAUUAAUACGGCCCUGAAGUAAUGACUCCCCAUGUAAUGUUAUUGUUUUGGAAUCCUAGAGCAUCAUCUAUUGUGUGAGCACCCCAUCCGACCAAUUAUGUGCCUGGUUUGUGCACAUGUGCAGCUCCUCACGGAAUACUGCCCCGCAAUCAAAAACGGCAGGAGUAAGAUUGGCUUCCGACACGGUUAGGUAGCAACUUCGCCCAUCUGCAAGUGAGGGAGGUGGCCUGUGUAUACCAGUGAGGGUGAAGCUUGGCAGGGACAGGGUGCACUGCAUAUGCCUAUCUGGAUAUGUAUUCCCCGUUAACCGUUGAGCUGCGUGGGUGCCAGGUUGUACACAGGCAGAAAUGUGCAGCCACAUACAAGCAAAGGGACGCGGGUGGCACUGUGGGUUAAACCACAGAGCCUAGGACUUGCCAAUCAGAAGGUCGGCGGUUCGAAUCCCUGCGACGGGGUGAGCUCCUGUUGCUCGGUCCUGCUCCUGCCAACCUAGCAGUUCAAAAGCAUGUCAAGUGCAAGUAGAUAAAUAGGUACCGCUCCGGCGGGAAGGUAAACGGCAUUUUCGUGAACUGCUCUGGUUUGCCAGAAGCAGCUUAGUCAUGCUGGCCACAUGACCCGGAAGCUGUACGCCGGCUCCCUCGGCCAAUAAAGCGAGAUGAGCGCCGCAACCCCAGAGUCGGCCGCGACUGGACCUAAUGGUCAGGGGUCCCUUUACUUUACCUAUACAAGGAAAAUGCCUUAUGCCUCCAAUAUCACCCAGUCUAGAUGUUACACUCACCGCAGGGAGAAGCCUACACAUUGCCCACAUCCAGCAGCUUAAUCAUUCUCAUCAUAGAAGCCAGAGCCGUUACUGUGAGCUUCACUGUCUGCAGUCCACAGCAGUGGCGUUUGCUGGCAAGGGCUGAGAAACUCAAAGCAUGACAGAGACAUAGGAAGCAGCCAUAUACUGAAUGAGACUCUGGAUCCAGCUAGCCUAGUACUUCUGUCAACACUGGCUGAUAGCGACUCCCCAAUGCUUUUAGGCCUCCCUGGAGAUGUCUGAACCUCGGAUCUUUUGCAUGCAUCCCUGAGCUAUGACCCUUUUCCCUUAAGAAGCCACAACCAGUAAAGUUAUGAACAGCAGCAGGACAGGGUGCAACUCAACAGAGGAGUGAAGUUCUUUAGAGCUAGACGACCAGGGGCAUUGAAAGUGGUGCCCUCGUGAUGAUGUGGUCCACAGUUCCCAGUAGUUCCAGCCAGUAUGUCUUCUUGUCAAGGAUGAUGGGAGCUGCAUUUGGUGGAUACCAUAUUGGCUAUCCCAAGUCUGUUCAUACUUGCUUGCAUGCUCACUCAGUUACGGACGCGCACACACAGCAGUAGCAACAACUCCCAUGUUUUCCUCAUGACAACCAUUAUGAAGUGAUUUAUUAUUGCCAUUUUAAAGAUGGGGAUCUGAGGCUUAGGGGAAAAAGAGACUUGCCCAAGUUAACAUGGCAAGUCAGUGCUCCAACUAAGAUUUCAAACUAUACCCUGGCCUAUGUGAGGAUGGCACCACUUGUUCUUUAAAGUCAAAGCUCUGUUUCUUUGGGCCUUUUCUAAGGAAGCGGUUGCUUUGAGCCAGAGCAGCAUUGUCUGUUAGCUCCCCUUGCCUUUUCUCAUACAUACAAAACGAUUGACGCAGCCCUGAUCAUAAGCCACAGUAGCCGACCCUUGUUGUUCCCUGACCCUAAUUAAUAUUAGACUCUCUGACAUUUAUGUAUCAGAGCCAGAAGCUAAACAGGAAACAAUUUAUGUCACCUAAAGCUUUUUAACAAAUCGAUGCAACUAUUUGUAAUUGCUUGUUUCACAAGAUUAAAAGUGCUUAGGCCUGAUCUUCGCGCACCCGUUUUGUGGCCAACAUGACCUGGGCUUCUGUUAUAAAACAGGAGUGUUGGUGAUCAGCACCUAUUUCCAUCAAGCAAUCCAUAUUGCUAAUAUUUCUGGAAUUUUAAUGUAGUUACAAUUUAUAGCCAAUCAAAUGUGGCUACCUAAAUUGCUGUUGCUAGUAGACAGUUUAACUGUCUUUAUUAAUUACAGUAUAAUUUAAUGUUUGAGUACAGGCACUUGUGUUGGUCAUUUUUACAGCUAAAGCAGUUAUGUGCCUUAUGACGAACCAUUUUAGCAUUUUCAAUGGAAAUUUGCUAAAAUGAUGAGUGAUAAAACCAUCAAACUCUGGUAAAUAAUGGUUAUUGCUUUGAGUGGAAUUAAUCUUUGAAAGGACAGUUACCUUCAAAUUAGCAUUAGAACUUGAAGACAAAAUGGUUUUCCGACUUCUGUGAUUACAUCCAAAUAAACAUGAUUGCUGCAUUAUGCCCAGAGAGUCGGUAUCACCAGAUGAUUUUGCAAAAGUGUUCCUUGCCAUUCAGACGUGUGUGGCUGAAUGCUGACAUUUAUGCUCAUUUUACAGUUUACAGUGUAUAUGUUUUGAAUUUAAACAAAGGAAUCUUAGGUGUUCUCUUGUGCUUUGGAGACUAAGGAACAAAUCUUGCUUGCCACCACCACUCCCUAGAUGACAUAAAAGCUGCUCCUUGUCCCUCAGCAUCCCAGCUACAAUAGUGAGACGAUAACACUGAUAUACCUUUCAGGGUUAUUGCAUAAGUCAGUAAAAUAAUGCGCUUGAACUGCUUUUCAAAGCUCUAGAACUGUUAUUUUGCAUAUAAACGCGUGCGCGCGCACACACACGCACACACACGGGCUAAUGUCAACCACUCAACAUAAUAAUAAGUAGUAGUUGCGGUCACUUUCUUAGAAUGCAUUCCUUUGUGCAUGUUAAAGUGACAUUUUAAAGUAUUUAAGGAAUCGAGCAUUAAUCUAUGUAGGGCUGAAAGCUUUUAGCUUUGCACUGCAAUCCAGUGCAUACCUACUCAGAAGCAAGUCCCGGUCUUAUCUAUUUCGUUAUGCCAUUUCUAGACCACCCAAAGUCAUCUGGGCGGUUCACAAAAAUCAGUUAAAAUGCACAAAUACAAUGCAAUCAAUAAACACAGAACCAGCACAAGCAUUACCAAAACAGCAUAAAAGCAGACCAGGAUGAAAUUUAUGGAAAAACCCCACCCGCAAAAAGCAAAGAGAAAGCAAUUUCACUUUAUUAUUUCAUCAAAGCGCUGGAAGACUAAUAUACCAUGUGUUUUUUUUUAAUCAGUUGACAUCCAUAGUUAUUUGGUGGGGGCUCCUAGGAUUUUUAUUUUUUUAAAAAAACUUUGAAGCUAAUAAUUAUUUGCUUUUAUUUUUGGAUUAUGAUGUGUGCGGGGAGAGGUUUAUUUUACGGGGUAGGUGUUUGAAGCCUUGAACACAUAGGGUCAGGUACAAAAAAAAUUUUUUUGUUUAUCGCUUUCUGAUAUUAACGUAGUUGUUCAGAUUCUGGCAGAAAUCUAUAGUACACGCUGGCGCUGAUUUUAAAGAACAGAAAGUAGUUAAUGUUUUAGAGUAAAAUGAUAUGGCUAUUUGACACAUAUGGAGACAAAUGAGAUUGUAAAAUAAAGAGCUUGUGAAUAGGUUGGGGUUUGUGUCUGUUUUGGAUGAGUAGUUUCAGUAUAAUUGAUUAACUUGGUUGUGUGUGAGGCCCAGGAACUUAGCAUUACAGUGGUGCCUCGGGUUAAGUACUUAAUUCGUUCCGGAGGUCCGUACUUAACCUGAAACUGUUCUUAACCUGAGGUACCACUUUAGCUAAUGGGGCCUCCUGCUGCCGCCGCACCGCCGUACGAUUUCUGUUCUCAUCCUGAAGCAAAGUUCACAACCUGAAGUUAAGGUUCUGGGUUAGCGGAGUGUGUAACCUGAAGCAUAUGUAACCUGAAGUGUAUGUAACCUGAGGUACCACUGUAUUUAAAUUUGUGUUGGCCACGUGGGCCCUGAUCCAGAGCAGUGUGUGUGUUCUGCUGCAACUUUGCAUUUGGAUGCUUUUGUACUCCUGCAACAGCUGGUUGCCAUUGGUGUUAGCUUGUUGGUCAAAGGAAAGACGAGCCUGGAUACAUUACUCCCUACAAACAGGUGUACAUUGUCACAAGCUGAUGCCUUUGAGGUCAUGUUGAUGAUUAGGUUGAUGCCAUGCUCAUGAGUUCUUGCGGGAGACAAACCACGAACCCCAGUUCUCAUCUAACAGUAAACCAAACCAUGGCUUCACUCAUGAUAGUGUAACAGCAGAGGGAGUGGUGAAGGAGCAAAGUGGCCACGAUUUUCUAACAGUGCACCAUUCAUGCUUAUUAGGGUUAGUGUUACAUGCAUAUCAAUUAUUAUGUUGGUCAUGCUUUCGAAAACACCCAGUAAGGAAUUUCUGUAUCCUUUAACUGAGGCUGCCACCAAUAGCAUUUUGUCUUUGUUCAGGAUCGUCUACCAAUUCUAGUUUCUGAGUCUUAAGCACUUCCACCUUUCUACUUGCUGCAGUGUUUCUUCAUGCUGCUCAUAGUACAUUUUCAUAAGUUAUUCUUGCGUAUGCACAGAAGAAGAAAUGCACCGGACUGCACUUUAGACCUGAAUCGGAGCCUCACUUCAGUUUCCUGAAGGUUCAGGUGUCUCCCCACUGAAUGCCCAUAUAGCAUUGGAUGCCCUGUGCACCAGGGCAGCUGUCAAAGCAGGAAAGUGAAACCUGCACCCCAUUUGGUAUGUAGAGGGGGGGAAUCCAAAUCCCCAGCAAAGACCCUGUUGCCCCAAGAGUUCUUGGCGAGGAUUGGAUAUGCCCCUACCAGCUGUUUUUGAGGGAACACUCUUUAUUUCCCCUCAUUGUAAGUCAGUGCUGAGGGACUGGCUUUUGGAGUUGCUAUCUUCUAAUCCAUUGUCUGCACUGGUGUUGCAUUAUUUACUUUCAGAAGUACAUAAGAUCCUGGCUAAGUUACACUGACGUUAUCUCAGCACUAGCUGUAACGAGAGGAGUGUUCUUCCCAGUUGCUGCAACGUAAGGAUUAAAGGGAGCUAAGGAAAUAAAUAAGAGUAGCAAAUACUUAAGUUUAUGCUGUUCAUAGCAGUACCGAAGUCAAUGAAAACAGCAUGGUGUUCCACAAUAAUGGUACCGUGAUCUGGAUAUGUUAAUUUAGUGCUUCGUUAGUUCGAAAUUGUGUGUUGAGUCUUCAGGAGCAAUCAUUUAUGAUUUCAUAUAGCUCAUUCCACAUCAUUUCAAUUAUGCAAAGGAUCAACAAGCUAGUUGUGCAUCCAUUUCAGACAACGAAAAGCAAAGUUUUAGUCCCAAGGACAUGGCUGAAAUCUGCUGGAAUUCAGUUAGUCCCUGGUUCACAUGCCCAGGCUUCUCGUAUUCUUGGGUUCAACAGAACCACAGGGUGAGUUACUCAAGCCGUUGUGGGCUUGAAAGGAGAAAGGCAAGAGAGUGCUGGUUUUUCUGUUAGAAAAAAGGGAGAACACCAUGCGUGAGCUGAAGGGCAGCAGUCAAUAGAGCUGUCAUUCAUCUGAACUAAGGUGUCAAUAUGUGCAAUUCAACCAUGUUUCUUAAAGGCAUGACAGCCUCUACCAAGUCUUGCUUUUCAACGGGAACACAACCCUGGGUGAGUGCCAGGAGCCCUCUGGAAUCUCAUGCACUGCUCAGCAGAGAUGGGUGGAUGCGCUACCUUUGUAACAAUAUCCCAACCAAGAUAGCUUUGGGGGAAUGGAGAGGGCAGUCACCAAUGAAGCCCACCGCUCCUCCCCGUCCAAGCCAAUACUACACAACUCUAUGUCAUGAUGCAGAGCUGGCACAGAUGACGUUAGGGAGGGGGGAAUGGUUUCUGUGAAAGUGGAACUGGUGGUGGCAAAAAGAGCUGUUUUUGUUGGUCCUCUGCCCCACUUCACACCUUCCCUUUCAGCCCACCUAUAGAUGCUGAAGAGAACGUAUAAGCAUGUAUUCUACCAAAGGGGAAUUCUCUUUACAGUGGUACCUCGGGUUACAUAGGCUUCAGGUUACAUACGCUUCAGGUUACAGACUCCGCUAACCCAGAAAAAGUACUUCAGGUUAAGAACUUUGCUUCAGGAUGAGAACAGAAAUUGUGCUCCGGCAGCGCGGCAGCAGCAUGAGGCCCCAUUAGCUAAAGUGGUGCUUCAGGUUAAGAACAGUUUCAGGUUAAGAACGGACCUCCAGAACGAAUUAAGUACUUAACCCGAUGUACCACUGUACUUAGGAAUAUGCAAAGCUGUAUUAUGUCAGGUCAGACUACUUGUCAGUCUAGCCCAGUAUCAUCUACUCUGACUGCAGCAACUUCCUGUGGGCUCACCUGCUCCUAUUAACUGGAGGCACCAGAGACAGAACCUUCCUUGGGAUCUUCGAUGUGCCAAGCAUGUGCUCUGCCUUUAUGUUGUAGCUCAGGCAUAGGCAAACUCGGCCCUCCAGAUGUUUUGGGACUACAACUCCCAUCAUCCCUGACCACUGGCCCUGUUAGCUAGGGAUGAUGGGAGUUGUAGUCCCAAAACAUCUGGAGGGCCGAGUUUGCCUAUGCCUGUUGCAGCUAAACCCGGCAGUGGAGAGUGUUGAUAAUGUAGCAUUAUGAACGCUGCAGUGUUAUGGUCUUCUAUAGACAAAUUUACUUUAUUCACUGUAUUGCAACUGACAGGUGAAAUAAAUUGAGUAUUUUCUCUCUAGAUAUACAUAGUGUAGAAUACACUAUUUGUGAAAAAAGUUAAAAUCUACUAUAAGGAAUGAAAGGAAGGAAGAUAGAUCUAGGACACAUUCCCAGUAUUAUUGUAGCCAUAAAGGUGCAUUACCUAUUAAUUUCUGCUAAUAACAUUGCUGUUACAUCAGCUGAUGAAAAAUCAAUAAUAGUUCAAUACGCUAUUGACAUCAAUUAACAUAACUUUCCCCAUCCAUUUAAUGUUAUGAUAGAGUAUUUUUAUAAAAUCAUUUCUACUAAUUCAAGCAUUUAUCAUUAUAUGCAAAAAGAUUGCUUGAUGAGAAUAUUAUAGACGGUGCAUGUUUUUGACAUUAGCAUUUUAUUUGGAUGACUAAUCUUGCAGAUGUGAAAUUUUAAUGAAUUAUUCAUGAAAAUGCUUUUCUCUGAAAUUUUAGUUCCUGCUAUUGCUAGUUAUUAAACACUUUUUUAUUUUCCUUGAUGUAGAAGAUAAACGUAUGCUUACUCAAAGAGAGGUGGGUGGACUGUACUCCCUCCUUACAAUUUGCCUAUAGGGACAAUGAUGCUCUUUAAGAGUGGCCUAAUGUAUUGGCCAUCGAGUUUUGCAAAGCAUCUGUGUUUCUUAAGUGAAGGACUUAUGCCAAAACCAAUGGUACUGAAAUCAAUGAAACUGCUGUGAGCUCACAGCAUGACUCUUCAACUUCAUUAAUCUGAAUGGCCUGUGGGAAAUUCGGAAGAUGCACAUAAUCAGAAGAUCAGAUAAACAGGAGUGAAGGAAGUGUUUGCACAGAGUAACUCUUGACUUGGCAUGUUGAUAGUGACUUUGGAUCCAAAAGUGUCCUUCUGCAUGAAAUGGCAGCUGCUGGCAUUAGUGGAGGAGCAUCGUGUGAGAAAAGUGAACCCAAAUCCAGAGAGGCUGGCUGCCGAUCAUGACUGGUUGCUGCUUUGAACCCAAGCUUGCUAGAGCUAUGAGAGGAGCUACUCAGAGGAGCCACUCUAGGGGUUUAAUGUUCUCCUUUGAAGGUGUCAGGUGCAAAUACGUGUAACCGUAUUUCUUAAAGACACUAGUCUCCACUGUGCCUCAAUUUCCCAAUGGAGAAGCGACCCUGGUUGAGUGCCAAGACCCCUAGAAUCUCUUUCUACCACCUGGUGGAGAUUGGGGUGGCUUGUAACAGUACCAUGCUGAAAGGUCCCACAACACUGUUCAUUCAUAUAUAUGGUCUAAGGUCGUUCCCCCCCUCCCCUGGUCAGUUUGUUCUGGGCUUGAAUGAAUAACAGAAGUAUUUGUAUUCACGAUGUGACAAUUUGGAAAAGCUUUACGAGUUGCACUUCAAUUUUGUUUUACUGCAUUUGUUUGUUCCCUUUUUACUCUUUCAGGGUAAAUCCAUAAAUAGUUCCCAGGUUUUUACUAGGGUAACAGCGGGUCUUUUAAGUAGGCAGCUUAGGAUGGCACCAAGUUCAGUGGGACUUGCACCAAGGAAAAUGUGAAAAGGAUCAUGUUCUAAGUGAUGGUUUUGAUCGUAUUUUCUCAGUAGGUGGGUACAGAGUCUGCAUGGUUAGUGAAGUUUGGUUUUAAGGCAAUGACUUGAUUAAAAACUGGCAUCUUCACCCACUGUAUUCCUUCCCGACAUGGAAACAAAAAUUUUAAAAAUAUGCCUGUGCCAGUGAAGGACAACACCUCCCAUUAAAGCUAUGAAUGGCUGGAAGGCUCCUGCUGAUGAACUUCCAAGGGUACAAGUAGACAUAGGUGUGGUAUAUUUGAGCACAGCACCAGCAUACGGGGAAAGCAAAAAACACAUGGCCCAUGGCAACAAAUAUCACCAGUGUGAACAACCAGCACUUUUAUUGCAUUAGAGAAUGCUAUAAUGUCAGUAAUAAGUACUGACUACACAACAUUUUAUUGUCUGCAUCAACAGACAUGGAAUGAUGGAAUUACAGUUGAUGUAAGGAAUGAGUUUCUUGUAUGCCUCAAAAACCAAAACAAAACAAAAAAAGGGGAAUCUUGUUACUGGCAGCACAUACACAUGAAGAACCAUGCUAACAGUCUGGACUGUACCAUUUUCAUCAAGGCUUUUGGGAAGGAGAUAUCCUGUUACUAACUCUGGGCCUGUUUAAAAACGUGGAACGGGUCUGCAAAUGCAACUCUCAAGACUUUUAAGAAUGAUAAAUUAGUUUUCCGCGACAUCUAAAAAGUACGUUAAGCAAAAAAGAUACCAAAACUUUCCAAAAGAGUUUAAAACACAUUCUCCAUGCUAUAAGGAACGUAGCUUGUCAGCAUUCUGAAAACUACAACAGUUCAAAAUUAUUUUUUAAAACUUUGAUAUAUUUAUAUAUAUAUAUUUAUAUAUAAAAUAUCUAAUGAUCUGUAUUAUUCGUAGAUUCAUACCCCCUCCCCAUCUCCUCCUUCUCCCACCCCUGAUAAGCUGAUCAUGGGCGCUAUGGCUGGGUUCUCCUAAAGGAGAAUCAAACAUUUUUAUUUAUUGUAUUUCCUUACUGAAGUUUAACAUAAGCCUUGAUUCUUUCCCCCCACCAUUUUCUUCUGCCCCUGGUCAAAUGUAGAAAUCCAGCAGGUUUUAAGCAUUUGAACUGCGUUGUCCCAAACCAGAGAAGGGAUGAGCUUUACACAAAAAGAGGGUUCUGGCUAUGGAACUCUUUCUACUGUCGGUGCAAGAAGUUGCUAAGAGUACCUGCUGCAUCCAGCCCUUAGGGGGACAUGCAGGGUAUUCAUUUCCGUCUAGAGGUCUGCAAAUGCAGCAGAAAGCUGCAGACACGUUGCUGCAUUUAGAGUCUAUGUGGGGAGGAAGACUUUCCCCUCUUACAUCCCCGCCUCCUGCUCUGGAACAGGUGAUCAGAGCUGACAGCUGAGCUCAGCUGGGGGAGGGAAGAGAGCUCAGUCAGUUCCAUGGAGAGGUUUUUAUUUUGUGUGUGUGUGUAUGGAUAAGGUAGGCUUCGACUCUCAUUCCUGACAGUGGUUUACCUGUACUACUUUCAUUAUGUACGCUUUUCUUUUGAGAGAGAAAAUAAAAUAAAAACAGAGCAUGUAACAAAUUGUCUUUACAUCUUGGCACCUUGUAAAGUAUUUCUUUUUUUUAUACAAAAGUUCAAUAAUUUUUGACACUCUCCAUUAUUAAUCACUACUUCACUGAUAAAACUUUGAAAGUGUGACCUUGGAAAUUCAUCAUGCAAAGUAUUUACUGCAGGAGGAGAAAACAUUUUUUUGAAACAACUUUUCCCCGCCCCUUAAGACAGCCAGAAAUAGGCAGUGGUAGGGAAAUAACAGAAGGGGCAGGGAAAGUAUUUAAAAUGAAAACAAAACAGCAUAACAGCAACAACAGCAACAAAAAAAAACCUGUACAAAAAUGAUUUGAUCCAUAACAGGGGGGUUGGGGUUGGGGGGUUGGGAAUCAUUUGUCAUCUAUGUUACAUUUUAGAAGCCAGAAGGAAGGGGGGGGGGGAAUCUGCCAAAACCAAAACAAAGAGUUUGGGAUUUUCUCCCACAUGUCAGCAAAUGUCAUCCAAUAGUCUUAAAGCAAGGAUAACUAAAUAAAAUAUAUGUGCAGCAUAUUCUGCAAUUCCAUUACAUACAGUAGGAUUUUUUCCCCAAAGCAUUUUUUAAAAGUAUAGUUUAUAUAAAGCAGUUGCACAAAAAGCAAAGGGUGUUUUAACAGGUAUGCAUUUAUUCCUUUUGAGGAAUGAUUUUUUUUUUAUUAAAAAAGGACCUUCUCCCUCCCCCCCAUUUCUUUCCCCUGCUGCCCCAUCCCACCCACCAAAAGACAAAAAGGAUCACAGAGACACAUUGGGCUAUAUAUGUACAACAUAAUAAACCCCACCCUAUAGGAACAAUUGUUAUUAUUGAAAGGGACACAGAAUCAGAAAUUUGUAAAAAAUAGCAAAGUUUGCUUGAUGUAAAGCCUGAGAUUUUUCUCUUGGUUCUUCUGCAGGUCAGUGAUACCUGCAAGAUACGGUAA